AAAAAUUUUAGUUUAAGAAUUACAUUUUAAAUAUAAACUUGCACUUAGGUAAACACAUAAAUAUUGUAUGCAAAAUAUAACAAUUUGCAUUUCAUAAUAAGUGGACUCAUAAUUAAUUUAACCAUUUUAAACGAGCAUUAAAGAAUAAUAAUUAAUAAACCAGAACGAUAACGAAAAUAGAGUAGAAAACUUUUCUAAUUUAGCAAUAGCCGUGUAAGUCCUAAUAACUUGUUAGAAAUCAGUAGAUCCCAGCAAAUUUUCAUUAAAAAAUCAUCAAAAUGAACAAUAAACGAUCUCUAUAACCGAGAGAUUUACAGCUUAUGAAUACCAAUUGAGAUUUGUUUACACUCUGUGCGAAGCUUUUGUCAACUUCAUUAUCCUUUAAUUCGGACACUACACAAUUCAAUUGCAACUGCAUCAUAGGCGUACGGAUAUAUAUAAUUCAGAUCGAGCAAUGAGUUACUGUACGGCGUAGUGUGGAAAAUGGACAUGCGCCUCAGGUUCAAGGGCAUUAUAAAAGCAACGCAAAAAUAAAACUUAACUCAGCCCAAUGCGUUUGCUCACAUAAUAACCCCCCUUAAGUCCCCCACAAAAGCGCGAGUAAAAAGAAGAAAAAAUGUCAAAUUGAUUUCAAUUAUAAUUGAAUCAACGAGCGGCGAAAAGAAAUACCCGAGAAAGUUAACGAACGAUCACGAAGAUCGUUCGAGAAUCGCAAUUUCCACCGCUCGAUGGCGGCGCAGUUUUCCAAAAUGGCCGGCGGCGGUCUGUAAUAACGCGAAAACGGCAAGUGCCACUUCCGGGCCUUCAAAACGAACAAAAGCUAAUCGCGUUCCACCAACGCGCUAUUUAAAGUCUAACACUUUUUGCAACUGCAAUAAUAUAAGAAAGUAUUAAUUGAUUAGGCGAUUUCCAGCAAUUCACACAUUGCGGCAAAAGUGGCAGCAAAUUUGGUAGCCGCACGGGGGCGUUUUUAAAUAAAUAUUUGUUUAGUGUGUUAGCGACGUUUAGGAGUCACAGACUGCGAAAACCAAGACGAAACCCUACACAAAGAGAAAUAAAAUAAUUUACGGAUUGAUUUAACAACAUUAUUGCCAUCAAAUUCAAAUAAUUUAAAAGUUUUUGAAACUCAUCGCUAUGUACAACUAUUUGUUCGUUCUCAAAAAAGUUUUUUUCUCUGAUACAGACUCUAACGAAUCAAAAAACUGGUUUCUUAACUACGCACAGAAUUUGAUUAAUUUGCUCGCAUAAUUUAGCCGAUUAGUCAAUUUCAGCCGAAGUUUAUUGUCGUUACCUUGUUUAUCGCCAAAGCUGCUUAAUCAGUCAGCGGAUUUUGGUUUUGCCUAAUCAAAGAAAGUUUCUCAUGUGUUGUCGGUGGACAAACAGAAACUCAUUUUUUCGAUUGUCAUUUGUUUUUGUUUAUAUUUUGCAAACAAGUUUAAAAGAUUCCCAGAAUCGCUUAGGAAUUGUUUACGGUAAUCCGAUGCCAAAAGAAAUGCAACAAAUGGAACCUAAACAAGCUUAACGCUUCGCUAAUUUAUUAAAUCUAAUGUAACACUGUAACAGUCUACCUGAAAUUACCUAAUCAGGCGGUGACAAAAAACCAAGUUGCAUUUGCCCCGAGUUUUUGCGCAUAUUUUCGCGUUUAAAUUGCAACAACCACGAAAGCAGCCGCUUUGACACCGGCGACGAUAGCAGCAGCAACUUCUGGCCGUCACGAUGGAGAAUCUUGGCUAUAAGGAGGGCAGCACAAAACCCCGCCGUAUGACACGUUCGAUCAGCGUCGUUACCAAGACCGAAGUGGAACAGCCGCUCACGGAGAAUAAUGCAAAUAACCGUUUCAAAUCGAUUCCACCCAACUUGAUGGUGCGAUGGCGGAACAACACUGACGCCAUGAUCGAAGCCCAGUACCCGACCGCUGGAGAAUUCGAAUACAUGGAGUGUGGACCGUCGCCGCCGGCGGAGAGUGCGCCGAGCAUGUACGAUAGCUUCGAGGAACCGACCAGCGAACUAAGCGUCCAGAUAUGCAACGAUACGCUACGGAUCAGCCUGAUCGACCAGAUGAAGAGUGGCGCUGGUCGCGUCAAGCUCUUCGAGGACAUCGAGCAGAGCAAUGUGGUGGCCGAGGGCAUACGGAAGCAUUUUGAGUCCGCCUCGAAGCUGGAAAAGAAUCUGAGCUACCUGUGGGCCGCCUACCUUAAGCGCUGGGAUCUGAUCGAGAGUCUGCUAGAGGCAGGAGCCGACCUCCACUUCUGCGAUCAAAAUGGUAUAUCUGCCUUGCAUCUGAGUGCCUUCAGUGGCUGUUUGGCCACUUUGGGUCUCCUGGUGGCCAAGGGCUUGAAUGUCAAUUUGCAGUCCAAGUGCUACACGCCGCUGCAUUGUGCAGCCUUUGGGAAUGCAGCGGAGGCGGCUAAAUUACUGAUCAAUAAUGGAGCAGACAUAUCUAAGGAUACGAACAAACCCAAUUGCGAGGAGAGCCUGCUGCACUGCGCCGUGCGAUCCAAUGCACUGGAGUGCCUGCAGAUAUUCAUUGGCGAAGGCGCGGAUGUCAACUCGCUCAAACCAAAUGGCACAAACGCCAUUCACCUGGCUGCUGAUCUAGGCAAUCUUCAAUGCCUGGAAGCCUUGCUGAAUGCUCCAAACGCAGAUGCCAAUGUGCGCAUCUGCAUUCGAGAAAAAGAGUCCACUGCUUUGCACCUGGCGGCUGACGAGGGCAACGUGGAGUGUGUGGACUUACUUCUAGCGAAAGGUGCGGAUGCCAAGUUGAAGAACCAUCGAGGAUUUACACCUCUUCACCUGGCGGCAAGGACCUCCAGUUUGGAUUGCGUGGAGUCUCUUUUAAAAAACGGCAGUGCCGACGCCAAUGCCGAAGACUUUGAUCAUCGCACUCCACUCCACGCGGCCGUGGGAAAAUCCGAGAACGCCUACGACAUCAUGGAGACCCUUAUCCAGUGGGGUGCCAAUGUAAACCAUAAGGAUAUUUAUGGGUUUACGGCUCUCCACCUGGCCGCAUUGGAUGGACUGGUGCAGUGCGUCGAAAUGCUGAUAUACCACGGGGCGGAUGUGACCACCAAAUCGAAAAAGGGCACUUCUGCGCUGAACGUAAUUACCAGAAAGACUCCGGCGUCAGUGGCUAUGAUCAGACAGAAAUUGGAUGCAGCCAUUACGCUUCAUCACUCGCAGGACCCCGUAAAUCGUGAGGUGGAGCUCGAGCUGGACUUUCGUCAAUUGCUCCAGCACUGUCAUCCUCGUGAGAUCAGCUAUCUGAACACGUUCGUCGACGAGGGACAGAAGGAAAUCCUAGAGCACCCGCUCUGCUCCUCCUUCUUGUACAUCAAGUGGGGCAAGAUCCGCAAGUACUACAUUGGCAGACUCAUAUUCUGCUUUAGUUUCGUGCUCUUUCUCACGCUCUACGUGCUGACAGCCUUGGCCCACAAUUGCUAUAAUGGCAGCAAGAACGAUAAUACGACUAUUCCGGCGCAGGAGUUAUGCCAAAAGCAAUCCAUUCUGGGAGAUAUGCUCAGAAACAAUCCGUUUGUGAUGGAGAUGCAAUGGUGGGUACUGGUUGCAAUCACUAUAGUGGAGAUAUUUCGAAAGCUAUACGGUAUUACGGGUUACUCGUCAUUUCGGCACUAUGUGACGCAAGUGGAGAACAUUAUGGAGUGGUUCGUGAUCACCAGCGUGUUUGUUAUAUCCUAUAUAUAUACCAACAAAACAUACACGUUCCAAAAUCAUAUAGGAGCCUUUGCCGUGCUGCUCGGUUGGACGAAUCUGAUGUUGAUGAUAGGUCAGCUUCCGGUCUUCGAUGUCUACGUGGCCAUGUACACAAGAGUCCAGGGAGAAUUCGCCAAGCUAUUUAUGGCCUAUUCCUGCAUGCUGAUUGGGUUCACCAUUAGUUUCUGUGUUAUCUUUCCAUCGUCGUCGUCAUUUGCCAAUCCGUUUAUGGGUUUCAUAACAGUGCUGGUAAUGAUGAUUGGGGAACAAGACCUAUCGCUGCUAAUUAACGAUCCGGAAGGCAAAGAUCCACCUUUCCUACUAGAAGUCAGUGCACAAAUCACCUUCGUGCUCUUUUUACUAUUUGUGACCAUCAUUCUGAUGAACCUGUUGGUGGGCAUUGCAGUGCACGAUAUCCAAGGAUUGAAAAAGACAGCGGGACUAUCAAAACUAGUACGACAGACAAAGCUGAUCAGCUACAUAGAAUCGGCGUUAUUUAAUGGCUACCUUCCCACCUGGCUAAGGAACUUGCUUCAUUAUACAGCUUUGGUGUCUCCCCAAGCUUAUAGAGUGGUUCUAUGUGUCAAGCCGCUAAAUCCCAGCGAGAAGCGAUUGCCCAGAGAAAUUUUAAUGAAGGCUUAUGAAGUGGGAAAGAUGCGCAAGCAUUUCGGACAUACGGUGUCGUCGAAAAAUUCAGCCGAGAACUAUUUAUCCUACAAAAAUAAGUAUAACAACAAUAACGGUGCGACUGGAUAUCUUUUACCGGAUACGGAUCUGGAUGCUGGGCAGUUCAACACACUGACCACCAAGAUCGAUGAUAAUGCAGAUCGGAUUGAGGUUCUUACCCAGGAGAUCCAGGAGCUAAAGCAGGCGCUCAUCUCGCAGCAACAACAGGCCAGCAAAGUGAUCGACAAGCUGUUGAUUGUGAUUUCCAAUCAGCAAAAGCAAAAUCUGCGGAAGUAGCCGGAGCAUUUAGUGCACUCCUUUUGGAUUAUUUUUAGAUCACAGUUAGAUAUAAGGUGGAUCGUUAGAUUCCAAACAAAUCCAGAACAUUGUUGAUAUUAUCGUAGCAGCGAGUUGUAGUUAAACCAAUUUUGAUAUCGAUGCGCCAGGCGUCCUAUACAUACAUAUAUAGCCAUAUACCACACCAUACUACACUACUAUCGAUACCGUUAGUUAAAUUAGAGGCGAGCAGUUGGCAGGAUUGAUUUGUGGCUGGUUUCAGGCUGUGUCUUUGUUGUUUUGGCGUUGUCGUCAGAGAAUCGUUUAUAUAGUAAUUUAAUGCAAAUUUGUAUUCUUAAUAAAAUAUAUGCAGUAUCUAUUAUUA